CGAUAUCUGACAUCCAAGCCUCUAUCAUCUCAACAAUUGACGAACCUUCUAUGCGAAUUUGGUGCUAGCUGUAACUCAAGAUGGCCUUAACACAGCACCUAUUCCCGGAUUGUUAGGGAAGGAGCCACUCAAGGGCCUCUGUAUAUAACUACAGCUUCAGCAUACCUUCAACAAUCAAGCUUAAUACACCCAACACUCUGUCUCCCAACACGGAUGGAUUUCUCUGCUGCCCUGAAGAUAUCCUAAUGAUAAGAGGUUCCAUUUCCCAUGACAGUGCCUGUCUUCGAGAAUCGAAAGAUGGAUUCAAUUCUUGGCUUUUAAGAGAUCAGUCUAGACUUUGGCCUCCAGAUUUCAGACUCGGACUUACGGAUACCCACAAACAGGGUUCGCAAGCUUGAAACAUCCUGUGGAGAUAAUGGAGCGCCACUCCACGAUCUCAUUGAUGAGAAGGUUCCGAACGCCGGGUUUCUACUCAAGAAUAUAUUAAAGAUAAACAGUGUUACGAAUCAAGCUCCCACGGAGGACCAGCUUCUGCCCUGUGCUGAUGUUUCUCAAACCAAGGGUCAUUUGCAGGACCUCCACUUUGAGAUGACCAAGUCAGCCUCAUAAAGCCCCCGCUGCCCAUUUUGCUUAUUACGAAUUUUGUUGUCUGUGUAUUAUUUUCUGAGUAUACAGCGCCUGGAGAUGCAUCUUCUCCCGUACAUUCUUUUAUCAUAUCCAUUCAGCUCUAUCUGAGCAUUCUUUUCGUCCAAGAACUAUCAGCUGGUGCUGAGAUUCUUUGACCAUGUUUUCAAAUAUCAUCUCAGCUAUUAUACCUGCCAUAUUUUUCUCUUCUCUUGCCCAAGCCGCUGCUCAAGUCGAUAAGACCUCAAUUGGACCACUCACUCCACUCUCCUCCAAAACCAAGAUUUGCAAUAUACUUGAAUACGGAGCCAAAGCAGACAAUAAAACAGACAUAGGUCCCGCAAUUUUGUCAGCUUUCUCCAAAUGCGCUUCAACAGGAGGAGCAACUAUCUAUGUUCCGCCUGGAUCCUUCUCAAUUGCCACCGGUGUCAUACUCAAUAAAGGCUCUGCUUACGCGCUCCAAAUUGACGGACUGAUCACUCUGACCUCGAAUGGGGCAUUCAAUGGCAAUGCUAUUGUAAUCCAGAACACGAACGAUAUCGAGGUUUUCUCAAGUAAUGGCCUUGGCGCAAUCAACGGACAAGGCUACAUCACCAGAAUCACAGCUUCAGGACAAAAUGCCCGCCUAUUCCGUUUUAUCAAUUGCAAGAAUAUCGCCAUACACGACAUGAUUUUUGUCGACUCACCAACAUUCCACUUAGUUUUCAAUUCCGUCUCGAACAUGGAAGCAUACCACCUUACCGUCCACGGACCUAACAUUGGCGGCACUGACGGUAUCGACGUUAUCUGCACCGACAACUGCUACAUGCAUGACAUCGAAGUGACGAACCGAGAUGAGUGUAUUAGUGUUAAGUCUCCAUCGAACAACGUCCUCAUCGAGGACAUCAUCUGCAACCAGAGUGGCGGAAUGUCAAUUGGGUCACUCACAGCCGAUAUCACAGAUCUAUCCACGGCUGCAGCAGUCUCCAACAUCACCAUGCGAAAUAUUUUGACAUAUCAAUGCACACAGAUGUUGAUGAUAAAAACUUUCCCAGGUGGUUCCGGUGCAGUUGGAUACGUCAAAGAUUCUCUCUUUGAGAAUUUCUGGGCCUACGAUACUACUUACGCGCUUGACAUUGAUCAAUACUGGAAGAACCACCUCACCCCCAACACGGGAGCCGUCGCUCUCAGCAGCCUCACAUUCAGUAACUGGACUGGCACAAUGAACAAAGGCUCUUCUCGAGGCGCCAUCGUGAUCCGUGGAAGUGACCAAGUCCCCGCUACGGACAUUACGCUCUCCAACUUCAAUAUGUGGACCGUGAACGGCAACACAGUCGUCAAUCAAUGCAAGAACGUUUACGGUAUAGGAUACUGUGCUAGGAAAUCCACCGGUCUGCCUCUUGCAACUUUCACAACUUCAGUGACUCCGACGGUAGCACCAGCUGGUUUCACACCGCCAGCUAGCCCAGUUUGGGGAGUUGCUGGGUAUGGGACUAAUAUCCCAAUUCCUGUUUAUACACCCGCUGCAUUGUGGAAGCCAGUCUCGAGUGGAGUGGGAGGAUCUUCUGUCCUGGCCACGUCGAAAGUCUCUGUCGCAGCAGUGCAGGCUCCGUCCACUUUAACUGUGGUAUCUGCGAAAAAGACUUCUUCGAGUAUUCCGGCUUCGACCAAGCUUUUAUCCUCAUCAGCAAAAGCUACUUCUACCACAAUCAAGGGCGCCAUACCCGUCACCAGCUCGUUGGUCCAAAGCUCAUCAACCUUUGUAGCAGUAGUCAAAACGUCAUCUAGCACUAGAGCCGCAACGACUUCGAGCACAGUUGGAACGAUCGCCAAGUAUGGACAAUGUGGUGGGAACCAAUGGACAGGAGCAACGGACUGUGUAACAGGUUCAACCUGUGUUUUCCAGAGUCAAUGGUACUCGCAAUGUCUGUGAGUCCCAUUAUGGUGUCUUCAUAAUGAGAGGGAUAAAGUCUCCCAGGAGAUGAUAGGGGCUCGAGUUCUGAGGUAUCGAGGUUUUGUGUACAUAGUUUCUCUUCUUUAC